GAUCAAAUCAAAUCAUAUAAACACGCUCGUGAUAAUAAUAAUUACUUCCGUCUGCAGCAAUCAGAAUGUUGCUUUCAAAGUUUUCGUCAGUACUUUUGUUUUGCAGCAUAUGGUGUUUGUUUCAUGCAGUGUCAACUUCUGCUAUUAAACAGCCGUAUGUAGUUUACCUGGGCUCCCAUAAUCAUGGCCCCGAAGCUACUGAAGCUGAUUUUCGUGCUGUUACCGAUUCUCAUUAUGAGUUUCUUGCCUCCUUUUUGGGAAGUGAUGAAAAGGCCAGAGGUUCACUCAUUAACUCGUAUCAAAAGAAUAUCAAUGGGUUUUCUGCAUUCCUUGAUGAGGAAGAGGCAGCUGAAAUUGCAAAGAAUCCAAAAGUUGUGUCAGUUUUCGUCAACGGGGCGAAAAAGUUGCACACAACACAUUCAUGGGAGUUUAUGAUGCAGGAAAAGAAUGAUAUCGUCAAGGCUGAAUCCUUAUGGGAGAAAGCCGAUUUCGGUAAAGAUGUCAUUAUUGCGAACCUCGACACAGGUGUAUGGCCGGAAUUGAAAAGCUUUAGCGACGAAGGUUAUGGACCUGUGCCAGCAAGAUGGAGAGGAUUGUGCACGAAAGGAGUAACUUGCAACAGGAAGCUUAUUGGUUCAACAUACCACGGCAAAGGUUACUUGUCGGUUGGUGGUGUGGUGAAUGCGUCUAUAUACAAUGGUCGUGACUAUGAAGGACAUGGAAGUCACACGCUAUCAACAGCCGGUGGUGAUUUUGUUCGUGGAGCCACUGUGUUUGGAUUGGCGAAUGUAACUUUAAAAGGCGGUUCCCCUAAGGCUAGAGUGGCUUCUUACAAGGUGUGCUGGGAAGGAGGGUGCUUUGAUUCUGAUAUGCUGGAAGCUUUCGACCAAGCUAUUCACGAUGGGGUCGAUGUGAUCUCCAUGUCUGUCGGGGGUCCUGCUACUGAUUAUUUCUACGAUAGUAUUGCAAUUGGUUCGUUUCAUGCUGUCAAGGAGGGUAUUGUUGUUGUUUGCUCUGCAGGAAAUUCUGGACCAUUACCUGGAUCUGUCUCCAAUAUUGCCCCUUGGAUUAUAACUGUUGGAGCAAGUACCAUGGAUAGAAAUUUUGAAUCAUUCGCUCAUCUUGGAGAUGGACGGCGCCUAUUGGGUGCAAGUCUUGCCGAGGGUACACCUAAGAACAAACUUUUUCCACUCAUCACUGGAUUGAUGGCUAAGGCUGCCAAUGCAUCUUCUCUCAAUGCUGAGCUAUGCGAACCGGGUUCGUUGGAUCCGACUAAGGUGAAGGGUAAGAUAGUGGCUUGCUUGAGAGGGGAAAAUGCUAGAGUUGAUAAGGGUAGAAAUGCUGCUGAGGCUGGUGCAGUUGGGAUGAUCCUUUGCAAUGAUAAAAUGAAUGGGAAUGAUAUUGUUGCCGAUCCUCAUGUUCUUCCAGCUACACAUAUCAGCUAUACUGAUGGCCUUGCUGUUGUCUCCUACAUUAACAAUUCCAGCAAUCCCACCGGAUCUAUUUCUGCUUCCAAUCAAGUGUUUGACGUAGUGCCUGCUCCAUUCAUGGCUGCAUUUUCCUCUGUUGGUCCCAAUACCGUCACCCCCGAGAUCCUCAAGCCUGAUAUUACUGCCCCCGGAGUAAAUAUCCUAGCCGGCUUCACUGGAGCAGUUAGCCCGACUGGUCUAGAUUUCGACAAGCGUAAUGUUUCUUACAACAUUAUGUCCGGUACUUCCAUGUCUUGCCCUCAUGUUGGUGGAGUUGUGGGUCUUCUCCGAAAGCUUUAUCCUGAUUGGAGUCCUGCAGCAAUCAGAUCAGCAAUCUCUACUUCCGCGAGAACAAGAGACAACACAGUGCACCCAAUGCUUGACGGAUCCACCUUUAAAACAGCAACACCGUUCGCUCAUGGUUCAGGACAUAUCAGGCCAAACCGUGCCAUGGAUCCAGGGUUGGUGUACGACUUAACGGAGUCUGAUUACUUGGACUUUCUCUGCGCCCAAGGCUACAACGAAACCUUGAUCAAGGCCUUGAAUGAUGAUUCUUACAAAUGCCCAGAAUCAGCCAGUCUUCUUGAUUUCAACUACCCUUCUAUAACCAUUCCUAAGUUGUCCGGUACAGUUACCGCCACUAGGAAGUUGAAGAAUGUGGGUUCACCAGGGAAGUAUCAAGUUGUUAUUAAGGCGCCCUAUGGAGUUUGGGUUUCGGUUGAACCAAGUGCUCUGGUGUUUGAUAAGGUCGGAGAAGAGAAAAGCUUCAAGGUUAGCUUCAAAGCUAAGUGGGACGGUGCUGCUAAAGAUUAUGAAUUUGGAGGUCUCACAUGGACUGAUGGUUCCCAUUAUGUGAGGAGUCCAAUUGUCAUUCGUUCUGCUUAAUUUCAUUUUUUGUUUUUAGUUUAAAUUAUAUUAGAUGUGCUUAAAAAACAAAUCUUAGUUUAGCCGGUAGUUUUGUUUGUUUUUGUUUUUUAUAACUAUUGGAAAUCAGUUCUCAAUCUACUCGAUUGAAAGCUGAAGCUUUGUUCAGUUCUAUAUUUGAUUUUUUUUACUUGGUUUCAUUUGUGUUUUGGAUGAAAGAAAAUUAUAUAAUAGU